AUAAAUCAGUGAGGAAACGGAGAGAGAGCGAGAGCGCGCGAGCGCCCGCGGGCUCGCCCAGGUCUGUUUCCAAAGUCGCCCUUGAUGGCGGCGGAGGCAAGGCAGCCUCGGCGCGGAGCAGCCGACGCGCGUUAGUGGGUCCGCCAGCCGCCGCCCCUACCCCUGCGUCGGGCUUCGUCCCUGUCGCCCCCUUCGCUGACCCACGCCCCGGCCCCAGGCGCUCCAGCCCUCAGACGUCCGCGGUCCGCAGGGACCGUGCUCCUUCUCCUCCCGUGGUUUCCAGCACCGGUUCUUCCCCCGGCUGGGGUGGGAGGCGAGAUUGAUCUUCGAUCGCGAAGAUGGCUGCUGGCUGCCUGCUGGCCUUGACUCUGACACUUUUCCAAUCUUUGCUGAUCGGCCCCUCGUCGGAGGAGCCGUUCCCUUCAGCCGUCACUAUCAAGUCAUGGGUGGAUAAGAUGCAAGAAGACCUUGUUACCCUGGCAAAAACAGCAAGUGGUGUCAAUCAGCUUGUCGAUAUUUAUGAGAAAUACCAAGAUUUGUAUACCGUAGAACCAAAUAAUGCACGCCAGCUGGUGGAAAUUGCAGCCAGGGAUAUUGAGAAACUUCUGAGCAACAGAUCUAAAGCCCUUGUGCGCCUGGCUUUGGAAGCAGAGAAAGUUCAAGCAGCCCAUCAGUGGAGGGAGGAUUUUGCAAGCAACGAAGUUGUCUACUAUAAUGCUAAGGAUGAUCUCGAUCCUGAAAAAAAUGACAGUGAGCCAGGCAGCCAGAGGAUAAAACCUGUUUUCAUCGAAGAUGCUAAUUUUGGACGACAAAUAUCGUAUCAGCAUGCAGCAGUCCAUAUUCCCACUGACAUCUAUGAGGGCUCAACAAUUGUGUUAAAUGAACUCAACUGGACAAGUGCCUUAGAUGAAGUUUUCAAGAAAAAUCGAGAGGAAGAUCCUUCAUUGUUAUGGCAGGUGUUCGGCAGUGCCACAGGCCUGGCCCGCUAUUACCCAGCUUCUCCAUGGGUUGAUAACAGCAGAACUCUGAACAAGAUUGACCUGUAUGAUGUACGCAGGAGACCCUGGUACAUUCAAGGAGCUGCAUCUCCUAAAGACAUGCUUAUUCUGGUUGAUGUGAGUGGGAGUGUUAGUGGAUUGACACUUAAACUGAUCCGAACAUCUGUCUCUGAAAUGCUGGAAACCCUCUCAGAUGACGAUUUUGUGAAUGUAGCGUCAUUUAACAGCAAUGCCCAGGACGUAAGCUGUUUUCAGCACCUUGUCCAAGCAAAUGUAAGAAAUAAGAAAGUGCUGAAAGAUGCGGUGAAUAAUAUCACAGCAAAAGGAAUCACAGAUUAUAAGAAGGGCUUUAGUUUUGCUUUUGAACAGCUGCUUAAUUAUAAUGUUUCCAGAGCCAACUGCAAUAAGAUUAUCAUGUUGUUCACGGACGGAGGAGAAGAGAGAGCUCAGGAGAUAUUUGCCAAAUACAACAAAGACAAAAAAGUACGUGUGUUCACAUUUUCAGUUGGUCAGCAUAAUUAUGACAGAGGACCUAUUCAGUGGAUGGCCUGUGAAAAUAAAGGUUAUUAUUAUGAAAUUCCGUCCAUUGGAGCAAUAAGAAUCAAUACUCAGGAAUAUUUGGAUGUUCUGGGAAGACCAAUGGUUUUAGCAGGAGACAAAGCCAAGCAAGUGCAGUGGACAAAUGUGUACCUGGAUGCACUGGAGCUGGGACUUGUCAUUACUGGAACUCUUCCGGUCUUCAACAUAACGGGCCAAAAUGAAAAUAAGACAAACUUAAAGAACCAGCUGAUUCUUGGUGUGAUGGGAGUUGAUGUGUCUUUGGAAGAUAUUAAAAGACUAACAGUAAGAUUUCAGCUGUGUCCCAAUGGCUAUUAUUUUGCAAUUGAUCCUAAUGGUUAUGUUUUAUUACAUCCAAAUCUUCAGCCAAAGCCUCUUGGUGUAGGUGCACCAACAAUUAAUUUAAGAAAAAGGAGACCCAAUGUUCAGAACCCCAAAUCUCAGGAGCCAGUUACUUUGGAUUUCCUUGAUGCAGAAUUGGAGAAUGAUAUUAAAGUGGAGAUCCGAAAUAAAAUGAUAGAUGGAGAAAGCGGGGAGAAAACAUUCAGAACUCUGGUUAAAUCUCAAGAUGAGAGAUAUAUUGACAAAGGAAACAGGACGUACACGUGGACUCCUGUCAAUGGCACAGAUUACAGUUUGGCCUUGGUAUUACCAACCUACAGUUUUUACUAUAUAAAAGCCAAAAUAGAAGAGACAAUAACUCAGGCCAGAUCAAAAAAGGGCAAAAUGAAGGAUUCAGAAACACUGAAGCCAGAUAAUUUUGAAGAAUCUGGCUAUACGUUCUUAGCACCAAGGGAUUACUGCAAUGACCUUAAAAUAUCAGAGAAUAACACCGAAUUUCUUUUAAAUUUUAAUGAGUUUAUAGAUAGGAAAACUCCAAACAACCCAUCAUGCAACACGGAUUUGAUUAACAGAGUCUUGCUGGAUGCUGGCUUUACAAAUGAACUUGUGCAAAAUUAUUGGAGUAAGCAGAAAAACAUCAAGGGUGUGAAGGCGCGGUUUGUUGUGACUGAUGGUGGGAUUACCAGAGUGUAUCCUAAAGAGGCUGGAGAAAAUUGGCAGGAGAACCCGGAAACAUAUGAGGACAGCUUCUAUAAGAGGAGUUUAGAUAAUGAUAACUAUGUGUUCACUGCUCCCUACUUUAACAGAAGCGGACCUGGCGCUUAUGAAUCAGGAAUCAUGGUAAGCAAAGCUGUAGAAAUAUACAUCCAAGGCAAACUUCUCAAACCUGCAGUUGUUGGAAUUAAAAUUGACAUAAAUUCCUGGAUAGAGAAUUUCACCAAAACAUCCAUCAGGGAUCCGUGUGCUGGUCCCGUUUGUGACUGUAAAAGAAACAGUGAUGUCAUGGACUGUGUAAUUCUGGAUGAUGGUGGGUUUCUUUUGAUGGCCAAUCAUGACGAUUAUACCAACCAGAUUGGAAGAUUUUUUGGAGAGAUUGAUCCAAGUUUGAUGAGACACCUGGUGAAUAUAUCCGUGUAUGCUUUUAACAAGUCCUAUGAUUAUCAGUCAGUGUGUGAGCCCGGUGCCGCCCCGAAGCAAGGAGCAGGGCAUCGCUCAGCAUAUGUGCCAUCAGUGGCAGACGUGUUACACAUUGGCUGGUGGGCCACGGCUGCUGCCUGGUCUAUUCUACAGCAGUUUCUGUUGAGUCUGACGUUUCCACGACUUCUGGAGGCAGUUGAGAUGGAAGAGGAUGACUUCACGGCCUCGCUGUCAAAGCAGAGUUGCAUUACUGAGCAAACACAGUAUUUCUUCGAUAAUGACAGUAAAUCCUUCAGUGGCGUAUUAGACUGUGGCAACUGUUCCAGAAUUUUUCACGUGGAGAAGCUGAUGAAUACCAACCUAAUAUUCAUCAUGGUUGAGAGCAAGGGGACCUGUCCCUGUGACACGCGGCUCCUCAUACAAGCGGAGCAGACCUCUGAUGGUCCUGAUCCUUGUGAUAUGGUGAAGCAGCCCAGAUACCGAAAAGGGCCUGAUGUGUGCUUUGAUAAUAACAUCUUGGAGGACUAUACCGACUGCGGUGGCGUUUCUGGAUUAACUCCCUCCCUGUGGUCCAUCUUCGGGGUCCAGUGUGUACUACUUUGGCUUUUAUCUGGCAACACACACUGCCAGCUAUGACCUUGUAAAACCAGAUCUACAUAUUAAACUCCGGACCCUGCCCAACCGUGAGCCCUCGGUUGCAUUGAAAUACGGUCGACUGAGGAACCAGCAGAACACUCGCUGGGCCCCUCCCACGGCAUCCAUCUACGACGCUGACGCAGACGGCGCCCACUGGCCGGCCGUCGGGGUGUCGACCCUGGACCUCGAGUCGGCGCUGCAUCACCCAUGAACACCAUCACGGCAGAACUCUCCACCUGCGCUACUGGACACUGGGAGGCUUUGUUGUUGCGUGGCUGGUGACUCUAUGUACAAGGGCUCCCCAAACAGCUGUGUAUGACUCACACAAACUGUAUUGACUUUGCCCUGACAUUUUGACCAACCGCAGUUCCUUUCCUUUUCCCAAAAAAAUCUAAGUGAAAAAAACCUUACUUGCACCCUCACUUAUUCUUCAGUUAAACAUGCUUCCCUGCUUUGACUAGCUACUACUGAAAACAAAAGACACAGACACUGAGAGAACUGACAUGCACGUAAACUAUCAAAGGACACAUGGCUACUAUUCUACAAAAAAAUUCCCAUAAAUAAAAUGCCUUACAAAGAAUGGCUUCUCUGCCAAAAAUGGAACACGAAUGCUGACCAAGUGAAUUUGCAGGGGUAGUGACUUGGUUGCUUGAAAACACUUACUACGAAAUUAUUACACAACAGGUGCUUGAGGGUAACAUUUCAAUCUGCGACACAGCUCCCCUUAAAUGUACGCCCUUACUCACGCCUUCCAUCUAACGUUCUUUCCGUUCACAGGACGGAUCGUUCUGCAGUGCUGGCCUGACAUUCGACAACGCUCCAGAAAAAGCUCGUGGCGGGGACGGGAAACCUUUUCUCUUGCAAUACAUGACCCUGGCUAACCAAGGGGACUUUGCAUGACGCUGCUGCCGCUUCACCUUUCGGUUUGUGUCCCUCUUACUGUAGACUGUAGUCCGUGGAAAGGUUCCCUGAGUGACAUGAUUCCUAUGUAAGACCCUGACCCUUGCAGUGUAACGCACUGAAGUCAUCUUCUACAUCUGUCGUUAAACUACUCUGAAUAUACUGUGCGAUGUGAAUGACUGGAUUCGCUGAAUGAUGACAUGCUAAUUCAUGGACUUCAUACAGACUCCUGCUUUUGCCUGAGAGACCUAUGUACAGAUAUUUUAAGUACAUACUCAGAUUUGACACAUUUAUUUUUGGAAGACUACAUAUAUGUUCUCAAAGAAGAUUCAUCCUAGGCUUCCUCUUCGUUCGCUGGAACCGCGGCGUAUACAAUCCACCUUUCCCCGCUGCUACUGCUGCUUUUGUCCCUCCAUUCUCAACGGUAUCACCACUUGACCAACACUUCCAUCCAGCUUGAUAACGGUUUAAAAUUACUCUGAACAAAUAGGAAACCUUGACUCUCUCCGUAUGCACACAAAUACUUGAUUCUGCUUCAUCUGAAUUGUUUUCAUGCAGCCUCCUUACCACCAACGCUUACCGUACUAAACUUAAUAUUUCAUUACACAGUCAUAUGCGACCAGACUAGAUUCAUGCUUUCAAACAUUAUUUUCAGGACUAACGCGUAUUUGAACACACGGUAAAAAACACUGACUUUGUAACUCUUAGCCACAGGGACUAGCUCUGCGGAAGGCUGGAAGCAUGCAGGCUUUCUGACCGGUAGGAUGCAUUUGUUCUUCUUUUCACCCAUGCCAACUAUUGGUGUGUGUGUACGCUGCAAGUUCCCUUACUUGAUAUUUUUACCCAAAACUCUUUUUUUCCCAUGAUCCAGCACACCUUAGUCCACUUCCUGUAUCAAAGAUAUAAUCCAUUCUUCACCAUAGGUUAAAAGACGCGUUCCUUUUGUUUUUCCCUUCGCAUGUAUUUGUAAUUCCCUCCACCACCAAUAUACCCUGGGCACCGUUCGUGUACAUUUCCUUAUGUAAAAUAACUUUUCCAUAUGUACAAUGUGCUGGAUUCAAUCCCCAGGACUUUCAUUAAAAUAAAAACAUAAAUAAACAUAAACCUACUUGCCGCUCCCCUCAAAAAACAAAUUAACUAACUUUCCCUUUACAAAUGAGCGGAUAGGGAAAUAGAGUCACCUUGCCAACUAUCACACAGAGACUUGCCAUCCGUGACCAUUUGUAACAUAUUGCUGUGAUCUUGCAGUCCCAUUUGUACCUGGUAUGGACAUCUUAGAAAACAGCACAGUGAUUUCCAAAAGUAUGGAACUCCUCACUCUACUAACAACACGUUUACAUCUAAUACUUAUGGUUACCUUUUCCAAGACUAUUUCACAUCACGAAACUGCAGGGAAGGGGAUAUCACAAUAUCUAACUAUGGGAGUUUCUGUAUAUACAUGACACACAUCCAAACAACUGCAUUCCUUCCAGCGUACAACAGACUACCUUACAAUCACCUUUAACAUCUACUGCAUCUAUUCUCAUGGCUACUGUCAGUGACCUACUACAUUUUCAUCACCUGCACUGUUGCUGUCUUCAUCACAGUGAAACUUGGCAUCUCCUCGCAGGGCCCUAUUUGAAUCCCUUCACCGUCAGAAGGUAUUUACAUGCCCGAGUCUUGCCGGGACCUUUUGUCUUCUGUUAUAAAAUAAAUUUAUAUUAUGACAAUGACCUCCCUGGCACCAAAUGAACUAUCACCAUGCUCUCAGACUGAAACUUCCUCUCAUGCCUACUACUCGGCUUCAUGCUCUCCUCACAGUUUUCUGAAACGUAGUUCCCAUAGAACUGUUCAAUUUACAUUACGAUUCUUCUAUGAGCUCCAAUUGUUGACAAGACCUUACACUACAGCCUGUUAUAAAUAUUGGUUUUCAAAGACUCAACAUGACACGAGAUCAAACAAAAAACCUUUCACACUUCUUUCAUUUUUGUCCUCCACUCACACAGCUUACUGCACUUUGUCACCAAAACAAAAUCCACGUGAGUCUUGCAUUGCUGUCGAGUCACAGGAAUGAACGUUGCAUUACCGCUUUCUUUACACUUCCUUCCUUUCAACAACCAGCAUUACUGCCAAACGCCAAUCGUGCUCCACAUUUGUACCAGGUUUUUAACAUGGCAUGACAUACCAGGUUUGACUGUAGAGACUUUCAGGUCCUGGGCCUAUAAGAUUUCAGUAAGACCCUUUCUCAUGUUUCUAAUGCUUGAGGCGUUAUUGCCUACCUUGGAACAAACGAAAACAGUGUUGCUGCCAUUUGUAAGUUUUCCUACACUAUUCUGUUUCUUAACUUUAAAACUGGCCUUACUGGGUUCAAACAGCCAGUCUCCCUUUUAAGUGACCUUUGCAACCCAAGUGUUACUUGCGUAUUUGAUGCUCUCCUGUAUUCUGCAUCUCCUUUACAUCUUUCUCUCCCCCAAAGCUGACAUUCUGUGUCUUAUUUUACAACUCUAACCUACUCCACGAAUCGUAUCAGUUGACAUGACAGUGUCUCACGGUACAGAGGUGGACCUAGUGAAACAGAACGCUUCUUCUGACUACUUUCCUACAGUGUAGAAGAGAAUGACUAUUUCACUGGCCCACCCUUUCUCAUAUUUUACGAUGAUCUCACACUUGUCCUGUUUCCCCACAGCAGAUUGUUCUCAUUGCUAAUACCCCAUGUACGUUUCUGGACAGAGCAGACCACUGAAGCAGAAAUCUGAGGUUGCUAGAUGUCUUGAAAAAAUCCCAGAUUUUCACACUCUAACACAACCCUAACCAACAGUUUCCUCUACUUUCCUUACUUACAGUUCACCAAAUUACUGACACUCCACUGAGACUAAUCAGAUACUGUCCUGCACAGAUGCCAGUCCAGUUUACAGUGUGACCUGACAAAGGUGUCUUCUUUCCUGUGCUCUGUGACUGCUCCGUCCCGCCAUUAGGGUACUUCUAUGGAAAUGCUCAAUAUGCAUCCACGCAAAAGGCCGAGUGGCCCUGUGAACAAAAACUCUUCUCUCCCCUUUAUUAUGUUCCCUUGACGCUUUUGUGUACAUUAAAUAGCCUGAUACAAACAUUUUGUAAAAAUUUGUAUAAUACUGUUAUAAAAAUAUUUAUAAUCCCAGAAAAUGUUGUGUUACAUCUUGCGCAAAAACAGUAUAUUCAGAAUAAAAGUUUAUCAUUUAAAGUCA